AUGGCGACCGUGAAUCAUAUAAAGAUUUUUCAAUCACCUUUGAAAAAAAGAAAUGGUCCUUUAAAGAUGUAUUACAUCAAGACAAUUUGGAAGGUUGAUUCGUUGAAAGAUUUAUCGGGAUUAGAUGACAUGAUCAUUUGUGAAUUAAUCGUUACCGAUUGUGCCUCGUUUUGGACGCGAACUGCCACUUAUGCUGCAUUAUCUGGAUUGAAGUUGUUUGAAAAUCAAAAUAUAUCGUGUCGGAUCGAUAGAAUUGCUGAUGACGCCGAGCUUUCUUGGAAUUUGUUAAUGGAUCAACCUGAAAUCAUGCCAUUGCAAUUGACUCUCGGAACAGUCUCAUUGGAUCCGGUUUCGCAGAUCGAGACUUUAAAGAUGUGGCAAGAAUGGAUGGAUUAUUUCAUUGAAGAAAGGAAUCAAAUCAUGAUUAAUGAUCUUGCGCAAGAAAAAAUCGAAUUAAUGACUAGUGAUAAAACCGAUAAUCAAAAGAUGAUAGAUAAAGUUGAGCUUUCAAGCGAACCAUUAGAAUUGCAAUUUAGUGACCAUUCCGAAACAAACAAACAAAGGGUAACUCUUGAAAAGUCUCCAUUGCCAAGAUCUAAACUAUCUCCUACAAACAUUGUCCUUCCUUCCAAGAGACCUAGAUUAGAUAAAAUAAUCGAAUCAAAUGAAGGUGCAUCGACAAGUAAAGAACCAGGAAAUCAAGGAGAUCAAGGGGAAGAUAAGGAUAAAAAACCUCAAUUAGAAUCCGUUCUCACUAAAACUUUUCGCGGUCAAGUGAUUAAAUCUCGAAAGAUUAAUUUGAAUAGAGUCACCUUGGAUGAUAUUUUGACCAAUUCUGAACAAGUCACCAAGGAUCCUUCUAAAAAAAUCGACAAAACAGAUGAUUUAACCCGAAAAUAA